AUGUCGAAACUGUUCAUUGGCGGCCUCGCAUGGCACACCGAAGAAGCCACCUUGAGACAGAAGUUUGAAGAAUUUGGCCCAGUCGAAGAAGCGGUUGUCGUCAAAGACCGGGACACUGGUCGAAGCCGUGGCUUCGGAUUCGUUCGAUACGCAAGUGAUGAUGAUGCGCAGAAAGCCAUUGAAAGCAUGAACAACGUGGAGUUUGAUGGACGAGCGAUCCGCGUCGACAAGGCUUCAGACACGGGUCCCCGAGGUGGCGGUGGAGGACGAGGUGGCGGAGGAUACGCACCGAGAGGUGGCUAUGGCCAGCCUCAGAUGCCUUACGCCGGUGGACAGCCCGCCUACGGAAUGCCGAACCCGGCGAUGUACCCUCCUGCUUACGGACGAGGCGGAGGCGGAGGCUACCAGCAACAACAGGCUCCGUACGGAACUCCGCCGCAACAAGGUUAUGGCAUGCCAGCGUACGGCUACCCAGACCAGCAGCAGGGCGGCCAACAGCCCCAGCAACAACCACCUCAGGGACCGCCGCGGUACUGA